AUGUAUCUGGGAGUACGAACACUAGGAACUCAUAGAGACACUGGGGCAUUAAUUCGUUUAAGGUCAGAGUUGUCCAACACUGCCUCAAUCAAUAAGAUUCUUCUAGUUCAUGUCCUUUGUGAAAAUCUGGGAGACUAUUCUGGUAUUGUGUUCAUGACUGCAGGUCCCGACAGGAUGAUGGGAGCGAUGAGGAAUAUUGAGGGUGAAGAAUCUGGAGCCUUCUUUAUUAGUAUGGCCGUGCUGGGACUGGGGAUUUAG